AGUUCAGUUUAGUCUGCAUGAGUGAACGUGAACGCGAAUAGUGGAAACAUGUCCGCCGUUUAUGUUGUUUGACGUAAAUAUUGGCGAAAAUUAAUAGUUUUGCAUCCGUAUAGUGAUUUUUGGUGCUAUAAGUUUUAAUAAUGUGUGUGUUCGUGUUGUGAUUUGUGCUUAUGCGGCUGUUGUACAAAACCGGUCCAAUGGAGUCUCUCAGAAAAUGGUUCUACAAACCAAAGAGGGACGACCGGUCGCUGCUCGCACAGUUCUUCUUCGCCGACGAUGCCCUCAACAUGGUCGCCGCGGAGCUGGACUCGUUCGACGGCCGGAAGGAUCCGGAGAGGUGCUCCACACUCGUCAACCAACUGAGGCAUGCUCAGGAUCGAGUGUUGAACAUCAUCAGCCAGAUCAUGGACCAGCUCCUCGGCGACGAGCGCGUGGCGAGAGGCUUCCGCGUCAAGUUUCCAGAGGAUGUGCUCCAGGACAAUUUGGCUGGCCAGCUGUGGUUCGGUGCAGAGUGUCUAGCCGCCGGUUCAUCCAUAAUGAAUCGCGAGGAAGAAUCAGCCGCGAUGCGACCCCUGGCCAAAGCUCUCACCAGAAGCCUGGAGACCGUCCGGUCGUUGCUCAGAGAGCAAUGCUUGCGACCCAGAGGCCUGGCUCUGUCGCAGCAGGAUGACAUGCUGCAUGAGAGUCUUAGAAUAUUUGACAAGUUGUUUGCAGAGUUUGAGCUUUGCUACGUGAGCGCCAUGGUGAACGUGAAGACCCCUCACGAGUUCGAAGCACAACAACUCAUAUGCGUACUGUUCUCGGAGAGUCUAAGGAGAGCUUUGAAGCAGUCACUUCUUACACAGGAACAGGUGGACUCGUACGACCCAGCUUUGAUGUUCGCCGUGCCACGGCUCGCCAUCGUCAGCGGGCUAUUAAUAUACUCGAGCGGGCCUUUGAGCAUAGACAAGUCACCAGAGGAGAUGUCAGACAUGUUCCGUCCAUUCCGCACCCUCCUUCACAAGAUCCGCUCUCUCCUGUGGACGCUAGACCGGCGGGAGCUUAUAGCCCUCGAGCGGUUACUCUGUACCAACGAAGAUGUCUCCAGUUUAGCUGGGUUGGAGAUACCGCAUGGUGCAGAACCUUCGGAGGACCCUUCAUGCCAGUACCCCGACAUCGGCGAGUUCGUGUCUCGAUUCUACGCGGACCACGCGCAUUGUCGCGACCUCUAUACGCAGACUUCCACCGAGCCUACCAUCACCGAGAGCGACUACCUGCCGGACUACAUAGAAGUGAUGACGCCCAUCAUCGACGGUCUGCGGCGACUGGACACGGCCAGUGACCCCGCUCCGCCCCACGAACAGCCCUCCGACCCACCACCCCCGGCCGACACCGCCAGCAUAGAUACAUUCCAGAACGACUUCCUUGACGCUAAGACCCGAAAAACCAGCAGAACGGAAAGCAGUGAUUUAUCAUCCUUACGAAACCUCUCCACCAACGGCCUCAUGAUGUUCGACCCGUUAGUCAUCAACGCGGGCAAUUCGGGCGAAACUUCCAACCGACAGUUACCUGACCACGACCUGGUGACCUCCCUUAACGAGCAAGUCACGGAAAUAGCCGAUAGAUUGUCCUCAAUAGUUAGCGACGUAGACAUACUAGACCAUAACCAAAUACAUUCGUUCUCCACGAACGAUGUCCCCACUUUAAUAUCCACCGAACCGACUGAGCCUUACUUCAGCGGGCCUAAGAAUGAACAACUAAGCUGCAUGCCUUCCACUAGUCACGGAUAUUUAAUACCGAACGCUAUAAGCCACGAACCCGUAGUAUUAGCUUCUCUCUCACAUAAUAAUUCUGCAGUUUUCAAUCAGGAAGAAGAAAGUGCAAUAUCGACGGAUCUCCCUUUAAUUAUACCGGAUAAUAUUGAUGCUGACAUUGUAAAUACUAACAUAUGUAUAGCUAACGCCAAUCUAAGCUCACUAUUACUAACUAAUGAAGAAUUCCGACAGAAUUUCAUUGAUAACAAUGAAGUUGCAAAUGACAAUAAUAGUUUCACAUCAGCGAAAACUCACAUAGAAAAUAAUGAUGAAGAUAAAGUGAAGUUCAUGCUUGGAUAUGAGAGCGAUCACGAAUCGCCUGUGGAUUCUGGUGUCAGUACUGAAAAUACUAGCUUAGAUAGAUCCCCAGACACAGAAAACAAAGAAAUAAAAGAAAACCACUUCAUGCAACAGAACAGGGUAUUAAAAACGGAAGAAGACAAAGCUAGUAACACAUUAGAAAGUUCCUUUUCCAGUGUAAAUAACGGUGAUGUUAGCGUUAACAUUAAAUAUGAAGAGCAAGAUACUCAAAAGAACGAAGCGUCAUCGUCGAUUAAUGUAAAUACAGAUAGGUUAAGUGACGAGGAUACAGCUGUAAAUACAAAAUGUGAAGAGUUAAGAAUUGCGGAGGAGGUUAUAAACGAGUUAGCAAGAAACAUAGUGGCAGAUGUAAAUAUUACUCAAGACAAUAAUUCCAUGUCGAAUUCUUCGCCUAGUAGUUCGCGGCAGAAGAAAGAAGAGAGACGGUUAAGAAAGUCGACGAGUAAAAGUAAGAAGAAGAAGAAAAUGUGGUCGCCCGGGACCGUGAUCUUGGACAACCGGUCCGCGCAGGCUCAGAGCCCGCUGAGAUUGAACUUGGAUCACUUUGUUGACGAAAGCACGGCGGACGAUGAGCAGAUCGCGUUGGCGUUACAAGCUCAAGAGCUCGCUGCGAGACAACAGGCGAGGGGCAAGUUCAAAUCAAGCGAAGACCUGAUCCACCGCCUAUUCGUCUGCAUCGCUGGCGUCGCGGACCAACUCCAAACGAACUUCGCCGCGGAUUUACGGAACAUACUGAAGUCCGUAUUCCUCAUGAACCAGACGCCGGACGCGCCGGAACCGGAUCCGGAACCCGAAGCGAUGCCGGACAAGUGCGACAUCGAAUACGCGGCCACGGAGGACCAGGUUAUUCAGAACGGAAGUUCAUUCGACAGCGUGUACUCCGCCGAGGAGGUGUACGCGGACAGCACAUCGGACACGCCCUCCGAGGGUUCAGACAGACGGCCGCGCAGCACGGCGGACCGACAGACGGACAAGCCGGCCGAGCGGCCCGCCCUGCACCCCUCCGUGUCCACGGGGGACCUCACGAUCAGGGAGCGCGCAGAAAGUCCGGGCCGCGAGCGCGUGGAGCGCGCGCCGGAGUGGGUGCCCGACAUCGCGGCGCCGGCCUGCAUGCGCUGCCUCGCGCCCUUCACCGCCUUCCGCCGCCGCCACCACUGCAGAAACUGCGGCAAAGUAUUCUGCGCAUCGUGCAGCUCUAACUCCAUCCCGCUCCCCCGCUUCGGGCAGCUGAAGCCCGUGCGCGUGUGCGAGGAGUGCUUCCGAUCCAUCGCGCAGGGCUGCCGUCGCGCGCAGCCGCACUACCGGUGAUGGAAACUACGUGCCGAAUAAAUAGGUCGCGUCGAAGUGAAACAUACCCUAUAUCCAUGCCUUUAGGUCGAAAAUGGAACGAUUGCAUGACAAUACGAGUAUUCUCAUGAAACCGUUGGAGUCGGGGCGCGUCUUACGUGAUCAAAGGAAUUUAGACCUUAUGUUUCUUAAAAUAGGCUUUAUGUAUGUUAAUAUGGUAUACUAUAGUAUAAUUAUAACUCUUGAAACAUAAGGUCUAACUUCCUUUGACCAUGUAAGACGCGCUCCGACUCCAACGGUUUUUUAAAUGACAACACUCCCAUCCGUAAACGAUUGCGUUUUUUUGCGGCCAUUUAUUCUGUACCUAAAACAUGAUUCGCUGUACGAGCAUAACCAUCUUGUUUUGAAAGAAACUAUUACGUCCUAAAAACAUUUACCUGAUCAAGCCAAUGUCACACCUUUAAUGAAUUGUAAUGUAAUAUUUCAAUAUUAUUUGAAAUGGUAUAACAGUACUGUCAUUUCAAAGGAUAGAUCAGCUAACUUGGAUUACAUUACUAUUUUAUGUACAGUCAGCGUCAAAUACUUUGUAGCAACCAAAGUAGCCAAAUAGUUCGGUACACCAUAUAUUUAGUAUGGUGUACCGAACUAUUUGGCCACUUUGACUGCUACAGAGUAUUUGACGCUGACUGUACAAAACAGUUUAUGCUGCAAGUGAUCCUAAUAGACGGGGAUAUAAUAUCAAACCUCUUCACUAACGUUUGUCUUUUCUACGGUAUGAUGGACGUGAUUAUUACAUUUCUAAGUGUCCGUUUAAUCGUAACCAUGUCCAUCAUAGUCUGGUUCGACUACUAACGACCUUAAAAUGUACGGCGAAACACUUUUACAUUAGUGAAGUCAAAGAGAAUUUGAAAUAGAGGUGGAUUGUCAAAGUAAGCUUUGUAGCCACAGUAAAUUUACUGCCAUAUUUCGAAACACAAUUAAAACUUGGAACGCCAUUUGACUUUGAUCCUUAUUAUUUCACUGAUAUGUGUUAAAUUGGCGCCAUCUUGCCGAGCAUGGGCCAAAGAUAUAGCGCGAUCGCUCGAAAAGUUGCCACCACAUUUUGAUAUUUAACAAAUUUAUCACAUGUCAGUGAAAAAAUAAGGAUCAAAGUCAAAUGGCGUUCUAAAAGGUUUAACCAUGUCUCGAAAGAUGGCAGUUAAUUUACUGUGGCUACAAGAUUUGCUUUAACAAUCCAUCUCUGUUUCAAAUUCUCUUUGUUGAAAUAUGGCCUUGAGGUCUAUUCGACUCGUCAAAGUGACAACAUUGCUACCGUAAGUAAAUGAGUCGAAUAGACUCCCUGGUCUAAAGGUUGCUAGUGACAUGUCACAAAAGUGACAUAAUGUUGCUAUUUACCAUAUUACGAACACUAUUACCUAUAUCACAUUCAAAGUUUAUUCCAAAACUAUGUUUUAAAUACAUAUUUUAGUAUCUCCUAGAUUGUUGGAUAUGUAAUAUAGUUAUGUUGAUUAUAAUUAUUAAAUAUGAAUAGGUGUAAUUCUUCAAUAUUGACUGAUAAACAAAAAAUAUUUAAUGAUUCUAUAAAAAGUUUUCCAUUGUAAUAGGUAGCUCUCUAAUAAAUGAAUAUUUAAAAUUGUUAUCAAUGCAUAAUUAUACCUAUUUCAUACUAUAUUAGGCAGUAUUAUUUGCAGUCACUUGCUUACAUCGGUAUAGUUCGCGUCGCAGAUUUUUCAAAUCUAUCCUUUAAUUACAUUUUUUUUUUUUGAAAACAUCGCCACGAUUGAAGUGCCAGAAAUAUUUUAUAUAGGUGUUUCCCUUGCGCUAUGACAUGGGGUUCUUCAAGAAGCAGGUAUUUAGGGUUCUCAAAGGUUGGCAACGCAUAAGUGGCUCCUCCGAUGUUGCUUAUGUCCAUGGGCGGCGAUGACUGCUUCCCAUCAGGUGGCUCGUCUGCUCGUUUGCGGUCUAUUACAUAAAAAAAAUAUAUACACGACUUUAUACCUAACCUUUGAACAGGAUAUAUUUUACACUGCAUUUUCUUCGACAUUAAAAUCUCUUAACAAUCAUGGUUAUAGUAUUACACAUAGCUUGGGUACGGUGAUAACUGUUAUCUGGUUAUCGUUUUCUCCCGAAAUGGAAUUUCAUAGAAAAAGUACCGUUAUCUCGGUUGGAUCGCAAAGCUAUUCUUCCCUCUUAAUUACUUAUAUCUUCAAUACUUUACAGCCCCACUUCUAACGUGGGUAGCAACCGGCCAUUAGUUUUAGUCUUUCAUACGUGACUGCAAAUAAAUUUGUCGUGCUAGAUAAAAAGGGACCUGGCUGUAUAAAAAAAUCCAUUGUUAACGGAAUAUAAAUGCGAGUCUCUUUUUACACAGGACGACACAAAUGCCUGCCCCAAACAGAAUUCAAUAAAAUACCUAGGCUAAGUAGCGAUGUUAGAAAUACUAUUUUAAUAAUAUUAAAGCGUUUAUAUUUUUAACAUAACUCUUUAAACCCUAUUCCACUUUUGUAACCAAUGGUGUUAGAUUAAGUAUAAGUAAUGUUACGUGUAUGUAAAUUUUGUAAAAGUUAUUGUUAGUAAACCCUCAGGUACCUUACUGUUUAGCUUGUAAUAUAGGAUUGGAUAACAUGAUCCGGUGACCACAAAACGAGUAAGUGAUAAUCCGUUACAUAUUUUAAUCGUGUAUAAUAAAUGUCAGAUUAUUAGCUAAA